CUGUGGUGGGAAUCAGCCAUACCCGCCUCCAGAACCAACUGGUAAUUCUGGGAGCCAUCACAAAGGAAACCAGUCGGAGGAACCGGAGGGUGAGGACUGCAAUGACGCAUCAGAUGAAACUGAGGAAGACGAAGACAAAGAAUCGGAAUCUGACUGUGACGACAGCAGUAACGCAUCAAAGAGCAGUGAGGAAGAAGACGAGUCCACAGAACCGGACUCCGUGCGACAUCCGUAGCAGUGAGAGCGAUGAGAGUCACCACCACUGUCCCCACGGCUGGUCCCAGUUCAGAGACCACUGUUACCUGUUCGUCAGCACCCCGAAGGCGUGGGUGGAUGCUGAGGUCUACUGCCAGUUCGACGGAGCCAACCUGGCGUCGGUCCACUGUGAGCAGGGGAAUCACUUCCUCAUGUCUCUGACCAGAGGAGACACCCACAACUUCCCCCAGAGCUGGCUGGGCGGCUUCGACUCCAUACGUCCUGGAUUCUGGAUGUGGAGCGACGGGUCUGACUUUGACUAUAACAACUGGGCCGAGAACGUCCACGACGACAAGGACAACAACUGUCUGAGGAUGAACUACGAAUACGACUUGAAGUGGUUCCCCACCUCCUGCAGGGAUCCUCUGCCUUUCGUUUGUGCCAAGAGCCUCUCAGCUCCACCCGACGCCCCCAGAAACCAGGAGUAGGAGAGGCGCGCGUGGACGCUGACCUUCCUGCCUUCAUCUGAGUCUGAUCAUUAGACGUCCCCAAUCACAGCUGUUCGGUCGGAGCUCUGUCAGUCACAUUUGCUGAAAAUCUUUUUAAGCCAAAAUUAAAUCUUUGAAGUCGC